AUGUUAUUAUGUUUUUUACAAACUUUUUACCCUUUUUUUGCAGCAGCGUGUGACUUCAACAAGAAUUUUUGUACAUGGUCAAACACCAAGUCUGGAGAUGUUUUUGAUUGGACUCGUCACUCCGGUUCCACUUCCUCCAGUGAUACAGGACCCAGAGACGACCAUACCAAUAUGAAUCUUAGUUCAUAUAUUUACAUUGAGACAUCCUCACCACGUAAAACUGGUGACAGGGCCAUCUUAAAAAGUGAGAGAUUUUUAAGUCCAAGAGGAAGUACAUGUUUUACAUUUUGGUACCACAUGUAUGGCCUUGCAAUAGGGUCACUGACUGUCUCGUUAGAUAUAGAAGGGUUACAGAAGUUUAAACUUUGGUUCCUAUCGGGAAACCAAGGAAAUUCUUGGAAAAAGGGACAGAUUCUUCUUCCAGUAUUGCCAACGGAGCAUUUUUAUAUUUUAAUAGAAGGUGUUCGUGGUGGCAGCUACACUGGAGAUAUAGCUGUUGAUGAUUUUGUUGCUAAAGAUGUUGAAUCAUGUGUUAAAAUUCCAAGCACAGGUUAG